AUGAGUCGAUACAUCUUGCUGCAGCUAUGCAAAUUCUACGGAUCUUGCAGUGUGAUUGGUUCCAUGGGGUCUGUUGACGAUGAGGUUUCACGGCAGAUCGUGUCUACUUUUUCACGGCAACCUGGUUCAAGUCCAUGGUUCAGAGAGAUUAGCUGCACACGGGCCAUUGCACAGGCUGUGCAGCAGGUUGUGUGUGUUGACAUAGUGAUGAGGCUUCCAGGAGCUAAUUGUGAAUAUUACUGGGCCCUGUAUUUUAUUGUGUUCAUUCUGAACCAUUGUCGUCGCUGUCCACCCAAUUCAUCCACUGCACAUAUAUCAGAGGAUAAAGCCCAUCCGGAAGCUGCAUCCACUGUGGUCAAAGCACUUGACACCGAGGCUGACUUGGAGUUACUCAACUCCUACACUCCGGAGUCUUCGAUUUUCGGGGGCUACCACGGUUGGUUUUCAAAGCAGGUGGUGGAAUGGCCGACUUUUGCAAAUAUGGAACUGGAAGUCAAAGGACGCUUUUCAGCUUGCAAGCAGCAAAACGACGAGAUUCAGUUUUCUAACAAGCGAUCAACCCUUCAUCGCAAUGGAACUAUCGUUGUAUUCCCCCGUUCAUCCCGCCAAUGCCCUCCAGCUCACCGCCAAAUUCUCGCUCCCUGCCUCGGGGAUUCUGUUUGCACACAAAUGCAUUGCCUUCGACCCCAUUCCCAGACGCACAAUCAAAUCAUCGCUAUCGACAUAGACAUUUCAGGGAGCCCCCUCGCUACCGAGCCUCCUUCUUUCACAUUCUAUGUUAAACGCAACACCCACUUGGAACUCGAGUCAACCUAUACGAGCCGCUAUGGAAAGGCAAGUGAAGGCUCCUCGUCUGCCUUGGUCCAACUGGGGCCGAAGUCACAUCCGAUCCUUCUAGGAGAGCUCGCACGAUCCUUGCAAACACUCCGUCUUUGGCUUCCGGACCGUAUCUUUAGUCGGCGACCGAAAGCCGCAGCCUGGGCUGCGACCACUGUGCAUUCGCGACUUCAACCCUCAUCGAGUGGCAGACUUCAAAGCGGGGAACAGAACUAG